UCGUAGAAUACUUGCAUGUCACUAGCGUGGACGCUGGUGUACCUACACCCACAUGUCUUAUAAGUCGUUGUUUAAUUGCAUUUUUUACUUUUCAUCUCUACCGUUGUGCGCCAAGGGGUUGCGGAGCUCGUGAAACACUUGCACUUUCCCACGGUGCCAAGAUGCGGCUGGGCCACGUUUUGGGCUUAACCGUCGCAACGACAAUCCAUUUAUCAAAUACGACUGCACGAAAUACCCUCGAUUUCGAACUGAGACACUUUCAUGCGUUAGCUCCCGACGGGAAGACUAUUCUCUUUCAAGACGUUCCUUCCAACGCUUCACUGCAGCCGAAGUUAUCAUGGUCUUUGAAGACCAAACCCACCCGAAGAUAUCGCCCUAGGAUACAAUAUAGGCCUGCUGAGACGCUGAAAACGUCUGCGGUCCGUGUGAGCUUACCGAUAGAUUGGGAUGAAGACGAGAUUUCAGGACCUGAUACUUCGAACAACGAAACUCUUUCCUUGCUGGCAAAAUGACUUGGGAUGCGUAUCUAUCUCCUAAAGAUACUACCUGGUACGAUCUUGGCAAUGGUUGGAAUAGCUAUCCAGUUGGCUGGGAACCAGGCUCUGAUGGUUUCCGAGGCCAUGUCUUU